GGGAGGCCAUGCCACCUUUGAUUUUUUGAAAUGGGAGAACUAAACAGUAAACACCUUUGCUUGACCCAAUUUGAUGAGUCAACACUGCAAGUAUCUUUACACUGUACACCUUCUAUUACCAAAAAAACUAGCUCAAAGUUUGAGCCAUUAAUGCUUGUGUGUGCUAGUUCUUCACACCAGCCAUGGGCCUCACCCAUACCAACACUCACCACGCUCUCAAAAUGCACAACCACAGAGCACGUAGACCAGCUUCACGCACGCAUGAUCACAACGGGCUUCAUCAAAAGCCCCUCCCUCACCACCAGGCUCGUUCUCUCUUUCAUUUCCUCACCCCACGAGCCUCUCGUCGAGUUCGCACGCUAUGUCUUCUUCAAGCACCAGGCUUUUCGCGACCCUUUUCUCUGGAACACCGUGAUCAGGUCCCACUCUCAUGGCUCUGACCCCAAAAGGGCUCUGAUUGUGCUCCGCUUGAUGCUCGAAGAUGGGGUGCGUUUGGAUGAGUACUCGUUUUCCCUCGCUUUGAAGGCUUGUGCCAAAGUGGGGUUGGUGAGGGAGGGAAUGCAAGUUCACGGGCUGCUGUGGAAAAUGGAUUUUGGGGAAGAUGUGUUCUUGCGGAAUUGUUUGAUUGGUUUGUUUGUGAGAUGUGGGUGUAUUGAGCUUGCACGCCAGGUGUUUGAUAGAAUGCCUGACCGGGAUGUUGUUUCUUAUAACUCGAUGAUUGAUGGGUAUGUGAAGUGUGGGGCGGUUGAGAGGGCGCGGGAGUUGUUUGAUGGUAUGGGGGAGAGGAAUUUGAUUACUUGGAAUUCGAUGAUUGGAGGGUAUGUGAGGUGGGAAGAGGGGGUGAGGUUUGCUUGGAGUUUGUUUGUUAAAAUGCCUGAGAGGGACUUGGUUUCGUGGAACACGAUAAUCGAUGGUUGUGUGAAGCAUGGGAAGAUGGAGGAUGCUCGGGCGUUGUUUGACGAGAUGCCGGAUAGGGAUUCGGUCAGUUGGGUUACCAUGAUUGACGGUUACGCGAAGUCGGGUGAUGUUCUUGCGGCGAGGUUGUUGUUUGAUGAAAUGCCGAGGAGAGAUGUUGUUUCUUGUAAUUCGAUGAUGGCUGGAUAUGUUCAGAAUGGUUAUUGCAUUGAGGCUUUGAAAAUAUUUCAUGACAUGAGAAGGGCAACUAAUGUGGUUCCUGAUGAAACUACUUUGUUGAUUGUUCUCACAGCAUUUGCUCAAUUAGGAUACGUUGAAGAUGGAGUUGUGGUACAUAAUUAUUUAGUGGAGAAGGGCUACUCUCUGAAUGGUAAACUUGGUGUUGCUCUAAUUGACAUGUAUUCAAAGUGUGGUAGCAUUGAGAAUGCUAUCUCAGUGUUUGAGAGUGUUGAACAAAAAUGUGUUGAUCAUUGGAAUGCUAUGAUCGGUGGCUUAGCUAUUCAUGGAAUGGGUGAAAUGGCUUUUGAUUUUCUCUUGGAGAUGGGAAGGCUUUGUAUUAUUCCUGAUGAUAUCACUUUCAUUGGGGUGUUGAGUGCUUGUAGGCAUGCUGGCAUGUUGAAGGAGGGACUCAUAUGUUUCGAGCUCAUGCAAAAGGUAUACAAGCUGGAACCUAAAGUGCAGCACUUUGGAUGCAUGGUGGAUAUGCUUAGCCGCGCAGGGCAUGUUGAAGAAGCCAAGAAACUCGUGGAGGAGAUGCCUGUUGAACCAAAUGAUGUGAUUUGGAAGACUCUACUUAGUGCUUGCCAAAUUUAUGAAAAUUUCUCUAUAGGGGAGCCUAUAGCUCAGCAAAUGAUUCAGCUAUAUUCAUGCAGUCCAAGUUCCUAUGUGCUUCUGUCUAAUAUUUAUGCCAGUUUGGGCAUGUGGGACAAUGUAAAGAGGGUUAGGACAGAAAUGAAAGCAAGAGAAUUAAAGAAAAUUCCAGGUUGUAGUUGGAUUGAACUGGGGGGAAUUGUUCACCAAUUCUCUGUACAAGAUAGGACACACCCUCAGGUUACUGAGAUUUAUUCUUUGUUAAGUAGCUUGUAAAUUCCUAUUUUGAAGCUCAUUCAUGUGAUGUUGUAUGAGUUGGGAACUCGUGCAAUGUGGUAUGAAAAGUGGAUUUCUUUUUAUACCAGCCUAGUUCUGUAGAUAAGCGGUUAUAUAACCAUUUGUUGGUUUCGAAAUAGAAUCGAGGGCCAAUAUAGUUUGUAAAUUUUUUUUCUUUUAACAUGUUGACAGAUUUAGCAUGCUCA